CACUACCGACAAGGUCCUCGAGCUGAGCUAAGAAUCAUGCUGCCUAGUCCACCAGGGAAUGGCGAUAGACAAAGAUCCCAGGUGAGCUCCACCACUCCCGGCGGCCACCCACCGUCUGCGGCGAGCCGCUGGCAGGCCUCCGACCACGAGUCCCGGUCGUCACUGGUAAGCAUACCGACUGGUGGUGCAGCCGAGGGCGACUCGUUGACCACGGACACCAGCAGCGGGUACAGGUCUCGCUCCUUGUACGGCUUGCGCCCAUUGUACCCGUUCACCUGGAACAGCUAUUACACACCCGGCGGCGCCGGUCAGCAGCAGCAGCAGCCGCUCCUUGCGUCAACUGAGGACUACACCGAACCGUGUGAAAUGCCACUCCACACUCAAAGUUACGCGGCUGCUGCUGCUGCUGGUGGUGCUGGUGGUGCUGGUGCUGGUGCUGGUGCUGCUGGUGCUGGUGCUGAUGACAGUUCUACAUCUACAGUUUGCCUGGACGAACCAGACGCACAAAGAAUCGCCAUGGCUGACAACGACUUGUUGGACUACGAGGACGAGGAAGAUCAGGAGCCGACCGUGGGUGAAACGAUCCCCGAAGUAAAGAAACCUACCGGAGGCUAUGUGUCCAUUCACAGCUCGGGGUUCAGGGAUUUUCUUCUCAAGCCCGAACUUUUGCGUGCCAUUGUGGACUGCGGCUUCGAGCAUCCAUCCGAAGUACAACACGAGUGCAUACCCCAGGCAAUCCUCGGCAUGGACAUCCUGUGUCAGGCCAAGUCUGGCAUGGGAAAGACUGCCGUGUUCGUCCUGGCUACUCUGCAACAGCUUGACCCUGUCGAAGGCCAGGUGUCUGUGCUGGUGAUGUGCCAUACCCGAGAGCUGGCCUUCCAGAUAUCCAAGGAGUAUGAGCGUUUCUCCAAGUACCUGCCGUCAGUGCGUGUUGGCGUAUUCUUUGGCGGCAUGAACAUUACCAAUGAUGAGAAGGUGCUCAAGAGCAGCUGCCCACACGUUGUGGUGGGCACACCUGGCAGAGUCCUGGCCCUAGUUCGUUCCCGUAAACUGCAGCUGAAGCACAUCAAGCACUUUGUUCUGGACGAAUGUGACAAGAUGCUCGAGCAGCUCGACAUGCGUCGGGAUGUCCAGGAGAUCUUUCGCAGCACUCCUCACGAGAAGCAGGUCAUGAUGUUCAGCGCGACGCUGAGCAAGGAUAUCAGACCUGUUUGCCUCAAGUUUAUGCAAGACCCAAUGGAGGUGUACGUGGAUGAUGAGGCCAAGCUGACGCUGCACGGUCUGCAACAGUACUACGUGAAGUUGAAGGACAAUGAAAAGAACCGCAAGCUGUUUGAGCUGCUGGACCUCCUCGAGUUCAACCAGGUGGUCAUCUUUGUCAAAACGGUGCAGCGCUGCAUGGCUCUGGCCCAGCUGUUGGUAGAACAGAACUUCCCUGCCAUUGCCAUCCACCGGGCAAUGACCCAGGAGGAAAGGUUGUCACGCUACCAGCAGUUCAAGGACUUUCAGAAGCGGAUUCUUGUUGCCACAAACUUGUUUGGACGGGGGAUGGACAUUGAGAGAGUUAACAUUGUAUUCAACUAUGAUAUGCCUGAAGACUCCGACACCUACCUCCACAGGGUUGCUCGAGCAGGACGUUUUGGCACCAAGGGGUUGGCGGUGACAUUUGUAUCGGAUGAGCAGGAUGCAAAAACCUUGAAUGAAGUGCAAGACCGGUUUGACGUGAACAUCUCCGAGCUGCCCGAUGAAAUCGACAUUUCCUCUUACAUUGAAGGCCGCUGAGCUCCAUAGUUUUCAAGGAAGCAUUGGACAAGCUGUCCAGUCAUCUCAUCUGAAGCUUUUUACACAAGUUUUCACCUCUGACGUUGUAUUUGUUCAAAGUGCAGAAAGUGUGUCCUGUUCAUUAUCAUUUUAUUUCAAAACUGAUUACACUGAAAAGUACAGUUUGAAAAGUCAUCACACACAAAAUGAAAUUUCAAAAAAAGAAAAUAAAAAGUUGUGUGAAUUACUUCCAUCUGAAAACAAG